GCUCCGCAGGGGGAAGGCAUAACUCCUCCAGCAGGCCCAGAAGGAGCUGGUGGCUGUGACCUGCAAUAGCAGAAGGACAGGCAGGCCAUCUGUGGACAAGAAAAAAGAGAAAAAAUGAAAUAUUUAUUUUUAAUAUUUUUCAUGAAUUUAUUACCCCGGUAUGCUGGGAAGUCUUUGAGAAAAGAUGACAGUUACCCAAAAACAUUUGAAGACAUUAAAAAUGAGAUAGCUGGCUAUAGCGAUGUUGCUAAAGCUAUUAUUGAUUUUGCUGUUCAUGGAAAAGCUCAGAACAGGUCCUAUGACAGAUUAGCAGUUUUUGCUGAUACCAUAGGACCUAGACUCAGCGGUUCAAAAAAUCUAGAUGCAGCCAUCAAGUAUAUGUUCAGGGCCCUGCAAGAAGACGGACUGGAAAAUGUGCACCUGGAGCCUGUGAAAAUACCACACUGGGAGAGAGGAGAAGAGUUUGCAAUGAUGCUGGAACCAAGGAAUCACAGCAUUGCUAUUUUGGGGCUCGGGAGCAGCAUUGCAACUCCUCCAGAAGGAAUUACGGCGGAAGUCAUAGUGGUAGCCUCUUUUGAUGAACUGCACAAAAGGGCUCAGGAGGCCAAGGGGAAGAUUGUUGUCUACAACGAACCUUUCAUCAGUUAUGGUGAAACGGUGCGAUACAGAUCACAGGGAGCAGUGGAAGCUGCUAAAGUUGGAGCAGUGGCAUCCCUCAUUAGAUCCAUUGCUUCUUUUUCUAUUCAUAGCCCACAUACUGGGUGGCAGGAUUACAACCCUGCUGUGCCCCGGAUUCCCACUGCUUGCAUCUCUGUGGAAGAUGCUGAAAUGAUGUCACGGAUGUCCUUACGGGGAACUAAGAUUGUUGUGCACCUGAAGAUGGGGGCUAAAACCUAUCCAGACUCUCCUUCCUUUAACACCGUGGCAGAGAUCGUUGGAAGCAAGUACCCAGAGCAGAUUGUAUUGGUCAGUGGACAUCUGGACAGCUGGGACGUUGGGCAGGGAGCUAUGGAUGACGGUGGUGGAGCAUUUAUAUCAUGGGAAGCAUUAUCAAUCAUUAAGGAUCUGGGACUUCGCCCCAAAAGGACUCUGCGCUUGGUGCUGUGGACGGCAGAAGAGCAGGGAGGAGUAGGCGCCGAGCAAUACUAUCAGUUGCAUAAGGAAAAUAUCUCCAACUUUGAUAUCGUCAUGGAGUCCGAUGAGGGCACCUUCAAGCCAUCUGGACUGGGUUUUACUGGCAAUGCUAGAGCUCGGGACAUCGUGAAAGAGAUCAUGGCUCUGCUGCAGCCCAUCAAUGUUACGGAUGUUUACGACAACGCAGAUGGGACGGACAUUGAUUACUGGAUGAGAGACGGGGUGCCAGUGAAUCAAGCAGUCCAAGCCAGUUCCCAUUACAGCAACAGAAACGUGCCUGUUAACCACAGUGAGAGCUGGACUCUGUCCUGAAUGGCUGUAUGAGUGAUCAAAAGAUACGUAUUAUAGGAAUGUACAGUUAUGCUGUGAGAAAUUUUGCUUUCCUUCUCUUCAAAGGCUUCAGGCAUCUCGGGGAAACCAAGAAAAAUUGUAACAGUAAGUCUUAUGAGCACACAUGAGUUUAUCAAAGCCCUCAUCAUCUGAUGCUGAUUUCCACUGCGUGUAAAUAAAUAUAUGAAUAUUUUAUUUGCUUCAUCUUUAUAAUCAAACAAUCCUGGGUUUUUUUUCUGUCACGGUAGGAGUAGCCUCAGUCAGUGUUUCUGCCUGGGUCCUAUAGCUGUUACUCAUGAACUCACAUCAGCGCUUGUUCUCUGGGUUGGGUGACCAAGAGAGGAAGGGGUCCUGUUGUGUGGGGUGGGAGCUGUGCACCUCCUAGCCCCGAUCCACAAGGGAAUCAGCGCAAAGGAAUUACAAGCAGUGAAUCACUGUGGUGGGGGAAAAGAUCACGUUUACUUGUUUUCAAACUUUGGGGUGGAGUUCUGUUAGGAUGAGAGGGUUGCUGAGAUUAAACCAAAGCAGAUGGAGGCUGAUAAAGCCAGAGAAGAGGCAGAGAUAAUGAACUGUGAGAGAGGAAAUUGCAAGUCAGAGAGGGUUGGUGGGGACUGGAUCAGGGGGAGAAUGGCCAGAGUGAAAAUACCCCAUUUGUGUCUCCACUGCAGUGCCCAGUGGGGCAGCAGCUUUUCCUGCUCCUCUUGGCUCUGUUCCGCCUCGAGUAACACCUCACCAGCGUUAUUUGUGCUCCUUGAGCCCACCUGGUUUGGGCAAGAGUAGUCCUUUCCCUUCCCAUGUGCCCCCAGAGGGAGACAGUUGUUCCUGAAUGAGAAAAACUGUGGCUUCACCCAACUUGCUUCUGCCCAGGCUGACGAGGACUCCUGACUGCAAAGGUAAUGUAGUCCUGGGCUAUCCCAGGUUAUCUGGAAAACUGCUCUGUAACACCAUAUUCCUGUGAUGAAUAGAUGCUCAAAAGUAGAAGCAAAUUCCAAAGCUUUCCCCAACACAAGUAACAGCAAGGACAGGAUCCGUAACUCAGUUGUAACUCAUCAUGGGAGCGGUGGGAUGAACGGAGGAAGCACCGCUGCAUGUGGGGUUACUGGAGGGAUUUUCCUGCUUGGACUCGGGUAGUCUUAGAGGAAAAUGGAUGUAUACUGUUGCUGAGGAAACAAGUCUCCCAGAGGAAGGUCGGCUUCUCCCCUCUGUGAGUUUUUGCCGCCUCGCGCUCACUCAAGUCAAUUAACCUAAAACCUACAAACUGCACACACCACGGCUCUGUGCAGUUAUUAUAUGGAACUUUAUACAGUUGCAUGUGGAUUUAAUCAUAAACAGCCCAGGAAUGGAUUCAAGUUUAUAUUCCUCUUUAAAUAUUUGUAUUCCUGUAAUGGAAUGU